AUGCCUUCCGUGCAGACGAAGCAUCACUCUGCGAUUAAGGAUAUUAGGAACAUUGGCAUCAUUGCUCAUGUUGACGCUGGUAAAACGACCACCACUGAGCGCAUGUUAUACUAUAGCGGCGUGACUCGUCGAGUUGGAGAUGUCGAUGCCGGAAACACCGUAACGGACUUUCUUGACUUGGAAAGAGAAAGGGGCAUCACGAUUCAGUCAGCAGCCAUCACUUUCAACUGGCCUCUACCAGAAGACUGCCAGCCUGGAAAGCCUCCCAAAACCAUCAACCUCAUCGAUACCCCCGGUCAUCAGGACUUCAGAUUCGAAGUCGACAGGUGUCUUCCUGUUCUUGAUGGUGCAGUGUGCAUCAUUGACUCUGUGAAGGGUGUGGAGGCUCACACAGAGAGAGUGUGGGCUUCUGCGCAUGAGCACAAGAUCCCGCGUAUCGUCUUCGUCAACAAACUGGACCGAGACGGCGCAUCAUUCCGCAAAUCGGUGCUUGAGAUUGGUUCUCGUCUCGGCGGAUGGCCACUAGUAUGUCAGAUACCAUGGUGGGAGGGCGACCAAUUUGUCGGCGUUGUCGACAUCAUCAACCGCAUCGGAUACAGGUGGAAGGCCGAAAAGCAAAAGACAAAGUACGAAUUCGCCGAGCUUCAGGAGGUGCUUUCGGGCAACCCACUUCUUGCGGAGAUCGAGACGGCUCGCGAAAAACUGAUCGAAGGAGUCGCCGAGUGGGAUGAGGCCAUUAUGGAUCUCUUCGUUGACGAUCCCACCAAGAUCACCAGUGAAAUGCUCAAAGAGGCUGUCCGCAACGUCAUUCGCAGCGGCGACGGAAACGCCAUCCCCGUCCUGGCGGGUGCCAGUUUCCGACACAUUGGCGUCGAGCCUCUGAUGGACGCCAUCGUCGAUUACCUGCCUAGUCCAGACGAACGUCCAGAGCUCGAGGUUCGCGUGGGAGCCAACAAACAAGAGCUCCAGAAGCUUCUGGAUAACACUAACAAGAAUAACAAGAAGGCCAGCCACGGCCAGGUUGCUGCUGUAGCGUCUGUCUUCAAGGUCUUCCACCAUCCCAAGGAAGGAACUCUGAGCUUCGUCCGCGUUUACCACGGCGAUCUUCACCGGAACUCGUCUACUUGGAACACCCACAUCCAGCAGUCGGAGAAGCCUUUCGGUCUGGUACAAAUAUCUGCGGAGAAGACCGAAGACGUGCAGCAUCUGGCAACGGGCCAAAUUGGUGCCAUCAGGGGGUUGAAGAAGGCUCGCACGGGCGACACUCUUCUCGCAUCUGUCGGCAACAAGCAAGUUCCAGAUAGUCUGAAGCAUGUUCACAUAAGACCGCCCGAGAUCCCCCCAGCGGUUGCCUUCCUUGCCAUCGAUCCUCAGGGCAUGACUGCCGCCAAGGAGCUUGAGAUUGCCCUAGACAACGCAUCCCGAGAAGACCCCAGUCUCAGAUGGACGCGCGACGAGAAGACUGAGCAGUUCAUCCUCCAGGGCAUGGGCAAGCUCCACCUUGAUAUCGCGGUCCACAACCUCAAGCAAAACCCCAAGGUCCAAGCCGAUUUCGGCCCCAUUGAGGUCGACUACAAGGAGUGCAUCACUGCCCCGAUCGGACCUCACCACGUCACGUAUGACAGAGUGGUCGCGAGCAAGUCUGGCAGAGUGUCAUGCAGCGCGACCCUUGAGCCGCUUGAAGAGCACCACCGGCAGGCCGCCCUUGAACCAACUGUCGAGCGCGAUGGCAAUAUGAUCCAUGUCAUCAUCGACCUACCCGAAGAGGGCUAUUUCCCCAGCUUUGACCCUGAAGAAGCCCGCCAACAGCUAAUCAACGGAGUAGUCGCCGCACUCGCACGUGGUCCGCGCCGCGGUUCACCUGUGCAGGGCUGCCACAUCACAAUUAACGUCGAUGCCACCGAGGUUGAGAACCCAUCAGGAGGACACUUCACAGGCGCCGCAAGCCGUGCUGUCCGCGAGGCCCUCCGCGAAGCCCACACCACGCGCCAGGCGGUCGGUGUCAUGGAGCCCGUUAUGCUGGUGCACAUCAGCUGUCCCGAGGCCGCGGCGGGCAUGGUGCAGCACGACAUCAGCUCUGGCGCGGGAGGUCAUGUUUUGGAGAUCAAUGACAAGUCUGCCGAGUCGAGCUCAACGAUUGAUGUCAGCAGGAUCUACGCUCCCCCCGACCCGUACGACAGUGUCGCAUCCCUGAGGGGCAAGAAGUCCAUGGCCAGGACGGUGGAGAUCGUGGCUAAGGUGCCGUUCAAGGAGGUCCUCAACUUUGAUGAGCAUUUGAGAGGCAAGACUGGCGGACGGCACUCGAUGACUAUGGCGUUUGACAGCUUUGACCGCGUCGUGGGCUCCAGGGAGAAGGCAUUGUAA